GGAAGCCGAGCAGAGACGCUGCCAGAGGUGGAACUGAGGCUGUGGGGCAAGAUGUGGAAAGCUGUGGCGGGCCACAACGUGGCUGCAAAGGUGGAGACCGAAGGAGAUGAUUGGGACACCGAUCCGGAUUUUGUGAACGACAUUUCAGAGAAGGAGCAGAGGUGGGGGGCUAAGACCAUCGAAGGCUCUGGCCGUGCAGAACACAUCAACAUCCACCAGCUCAGAAGCAAGGUAUCUGAGGAACAUGAAGUUCUCAAGAAGAAGGAGCUGGAGACGGCACCCAAAGCUUCCUAUGGCUACGGGGGCAAGUUUGGAACCGAGAAGGAUCGUAUGGACAAGAGUGCCCUGGGCCACGAAUAUGUGGCCGAGAUUGGCAUGCACUCUUCCCAGACGGACGCAGCCAAGGGAUUCGGUGGAAAGUAUGGCAUUCAGAAGGACCGAGCAGAUAAGUCUGCACUUGGGUUUGACUACAAGGGAGAGGUAGAAAUACACACCUCCCAAAAAGACUAUGCCGUUGGAUUUGGUGGGAAGUAUGGCGUGCAGAAGGACCGUCAAGACAAGUCUGCCUUGGGAUGGGCCCACAAGGAAGAAGUCAAGCCCCAUGAAUCUCAAACAGACCAUGCUGUUGGAUUUGGUGGGAAGUAUGGUGUGCAGAAGGACCGCCAAGACAAGUCUGCCUUGGGAUGGGCCCACAGGGAGGAGGUGAAGCCCCACGAAUCCCAGACAGAUCAUGCCAUUGGAUUUGGUGGGAAGUAUGGCGUGCAGAAGGACCGCCAAGACAAGUCUGCUUUGGGAUGGGCCCACAAGGAGGAAGUCAAGCCCCAUGAAUCCCAGACAGAUCAUGCCGUUGGAUUUGGUGGGAAGUAUGGCGUGCAGAAGGACCGCCAAGACAAGUCUGCCUUGGGAUGGGCCCACAAGGAAGAAGUCAAGCCCCAUGAAUCUCAAACAGAUCAUUCUCAAGGCUUUGGAGGCCGUUAUGGGGUGCAGAAAGACAGAGUGGACAAGAGUGCUGCUGGUUUUGGUGAAAUGGAAGCUCCCGUUUCUUCAUAUCAGAAGACAAAACCUGUAGAAGCUGCUUCUGCUGGGAUGGGUAACUUGAGACAACGUUUUGAAAACAUGGCCAAGACUGCAGAGGAAGAGAACAAGAAGAAGGCAGAGGAAGAACGAACCCGUCGCCAGGCCCGGGAACUUCAGGAAACCCAAGAGAAGUCAAAGGAAUUGAAGCGAGAUCGGAGCCCUCCGUCAGUGCCUGGACAGACCCCCCGAAAGGGCAGCCUGCCCCCUCUGCCUCCCCAACACCAGGAAGAAGAGGAAGAGGAGGAGCCCCCUGUUCUUCCCCCACGGAGCCUGGACUUUCAUGGUGACCCCAGAGAGCUUCCUCUCCCACCUCCUGGCCACCAGGAACCGGAGCAGCCCAUCUAUACAGAAAGCAUCGAGGACGGAGGUGACUAUGAGGAGGUGGUUGGACACGUGGACUACGAGGAACCUCCUCCCUUAGCUGACGACGAAGGGGGGGAUUAUGAGGAAAUGCCAGACCACAAGGACGUCUCCAAAGAUGAUGGUGCUGAGGGGGACCAGGAUUAUGAGGAACUCUGCAGCGGCCAGCCUGGAGGAAUGACUUCUUCAGGUGUUGAAGAGCAUAUAUAUGAUGUGAAUGAAGGAAGUCUCUCUGCUCUGGCCCUCUAUGACUAUCAAGGAGAGGGGGAUGAUGAGAUUUCCUUUGACCCUGGAGAGACCAUCACAUCCAUCGAGCAGGUGGAUGAGGGCUGGUGGCGUGGAUCUUGUCGUGGCAGAGUUGGCUUAUUCCCUGCUAACUAUGUGAAGCUCCUUCCAUGAAGUUCUGCCCAACGGCAGGCACCCAUCCCUCGCUUCUCCAGUACCCUUACUUGCUGUGUGACACAACAGACCACAACCCUGCCCCGAGGUAGAAGAAGUGGAGAAGACUUGUCUCCUCUUGCAUGGAACAAUCAGAUGCUUCUCCUUCCUCGAGCAAUUGUACAUCGCCAGGAUCUGUCCUUCUGCUCUUCUGGUCACGCGGUGAUCUCUGAACCUAUUCGGGCUGCAACUGGUUUGUUUAAUCUCCGUCAGUGGAUCCCCAAAAUCUCCCCCUGCCCAAUCUUUCCUGGACUCCUAAUUCCAUCUUGGCUAAAUCGCUCAUGGAUCAAGAGAAAACAGGCAUGAAAGCUCCAUGGGCGUAGAAGGAUGGAGAUUAGUUCUGUUCAAACAGGUUGUCCUUCACUUAUAACCUUUUGUUUAGCAACCAAAGUUGCAAUGGCACUGAAAAAAAAAGUGACGAUCCUUGUACCUCUAUCACAGCCUCCCCAUGGGUGCUGCUCUUCUGCUUUUGAGCAGGUGCCCCAAAAUAAGUCUCUGGCAUCUCUGAAUGUUGGGUAGGGUGUUGCGGUGGCCUAGAGGUGGAGCUCUCCCCUCACACUCAGGAGGCUGUGAGUUCAAUCCUUGGUAGAGGCAGAUAUUCCUCUCUCUGGGCACAAUGAGAAUAGAUCUGCUGAAAAGAAAACUCCUCAUUGGUGACAGGAAGGGCAUCUGGCCAGUAAACACUCAGCUCCAUGCAGUUGCCCAGAUUCCGCCCCACAAGGGAUUAUGGGGUCCUUAAAAGAAGACGAUCUCUGAAUGUUGGAUGUGAAACUAUGGAAAGCUCUGUUUAACCUCUUGUGUCUGUCUUUCUUUCCCCAACUUGGACUGGAGCUCAGCCCCCCACCCCAAAUUCUUGAUCAAUGCACCUGGUGGGAAGCAGACCACCUGGCCUCUUAUCCUCAUAGCUUGCACUCCUGCCUGUGGCAAACAGAGGACGUGUCAUAUUAAACCAUAAGCAACAUUAAAUGUAUUUAAAUCCAAAGGUGUUUAAUUUCCCAGUUACAUGUCAACGUAUGAGAUAACUUCCGAUCUGCAAAUUUAUAGCUGCAAAAUACAACGGCAUCUGGUGAUCUAA